AUGGGUGUCUACCGUGUCGAGGUGUCUCCCAACAACCGCGCUGGCUGCCAAGUCAAGGCAUGCAAAGACGAAGGCAAAAAGAUCACAAAGGGUGAGUUUCGCUUUGCCGUCCAAGUUACCAUUCAUGAGCAUGUCAGCUGGCAGUACCGCCAUUGGGGAUGCGUCACCCCUAAGCAGAUUGAGAAUCUGAAUGAGACAUGUGGCGGCGAUACAGACAUGGUCGAUGGCUACGAUGAACUGCCAGAAGAGUUCCAAGAAAAGGUCAAGUUCGCACUCGAGCACAAUCAUAUUCCAGAUGAAGACUGCACACGCGACCCCGAGCUCAACCGUCUGGGUGUCAAGAAAUCCAGAGCAAAGAAGCCCAAGAAGGGUGAUGAGGGCGAUGCGUCUGAGGAAGAGAAGCCUAAAAAGAAGAAGUCCACCAAAGUCAAGGACGAAGAUGAAGAAGACAAGCCUGCACCAGCCUCCAAGAAGCGCGGUCGUCCCUCCAAGAAGCAAGCAGCAGACGAUGUUGAAGAGGAAGAGAGUGCCCCGCCUGCGAAGAAAGCUCGCGCUAACGGUAAGAGCAAGAAGGCCGCAGAGCCGGCGAAUGAGAGCGAAGAAGAGGCACCAGCACCUAAGAAGGCCAGGGGUAAGAAGGCGGCACCCAAGAAGGAAGUAGUUGAAGAGGAGGACAAGGAAACAGAAGAUGAAGCCCCACCGCCUAAGAAGGCUCGUGGCAGGAAGCCUGCUGCUAAGAAGGCGGAAGCCGAAGAUGGCAGUGAGGUUGAGGAGGCGCCCAAGCCUAAGAAAGUGCCGCAGAAGAGGGGCCGUAAGAAGGCUUCCGAGUAA